AACAAAAUCAACAAAAAUCCAAAAAAGUAACGUCUAAAAACGGAAUAUAGUAAACAAAAGAAUAACCUGUAAAUAGGAAAGAGUAUCUUUUCUACCCCCAUAUUGGCAUAAAUCUCUCUUUUGGCCGUUACUGUUUAUCCUAGACCUUAUCAAUAAAAACCUCUACAAUUACCGAGGGCAGCAGGGUCUUCUUCAGCAGAUAUCCCUACGUGGAGAGGGAUCAUGGGAACGCACGUUAUGCGUGCGCUCCUCACGCGCAGGACACGUUCGGAAGGAACCGUGGGAAAGGCAACCAAAGUGCAUGGAAGAAGGAAUAAUAAAUGCACCGGACCCUCUAGGGACAGGGUAACAAAGAACCCAGGCCAUUUCGAAUUGAAUUAGAAAAGGUUGCCCAAGGUGGAGUUGGGGGCGAGUUAUCAAUAGGUUCCAAAGAAUGGAAGCAAUCAGAUGUAAAUCAAGCAGCCAAGUUAGCAGUCAAGUCAUGAUUUCCGUUGGUCUCCGACUUAUACUCCUAGUUGUGGGGGCUUCAACCGAAAAUGCCAUAAAAAAAUACCAAUCAAGUUUUGCCCAAGAGUUGGGUGAGUACGAGUUCUGUGUUAAGAUGAUCGUGGCUUGCGAUAAACUCCGGGAUACAUUUGAUCCCCCUUCCGAUGAGGAUGAGUUUGAAGAGAACCAGGCGACAAUCGAUGCUGCUUUGGAGAAAUACAGAGAAUGCUUUCCGAAGGGCCUAUCGCUGGACGGAUUACGAUCAUAUUGGAACUUGGUCGCGAAAUGGGAAAGUCAGGUCCACGAAUUAUUUCUCCUUGACAAUUUGUUCGGCGUAGCCGAGGUGCGUGAGCACGGGCAGCAAAUGAUGGUGAAUUUUGGCAAGAGGCAAGGCUGGUGUCCUUUGUAUGAUGAACCCCCAGAGACCACGACCACCGACACAACGAUAUUAGACGACGAUUAUUCAGAUGAAGAAACCUCAUCCUUAAAUCCUGAGCCAGUAACCACCUCAAAAAAUAAGAAUAAAGGUGGUUCAGUUGGAAAUAUCAAGGAUUCUUGCAGAGUUCCGAGUGAUUUCGAUCGAUGGGUUCACAACGAAAUUUAUGGCAUCCGCAACAUGAGUAGUCUUAGUGAAAGAUUUUCCGAUUUCGAAAAAUUGCUGGGGAAGUACAGCAGCCAUAGCUGCUGUCCAUAUAAAUCGAUUAGGGAUCGUAUGGAAGUCAUAAAUGAUGGAAUUGAUAUUCUAGAGGAUAUGCAGGUUCAAAAACCCUCCGAGAAAAAGGAUUACACGGAUAUAGAGUCUGAUUUCCACAAUUUGAACAGAAGAUUGAAGCAUCUAAGAACUGCCAAUGGCAUUUAUUCAUCUGAAAAAUGUUGCCCAGAUUGUUCGGCUCAAUUUAAAAGUUUCCAAAAUAAUUUCCAAAGUAAUCUUAAAGAUUUCAAUCCACCGCAAUCGAAUGUUACAUUAAAGGAUCUUCUUAAAAAUGUAACAGCCUUAGAGGACACUUGUUCUCAACAACAAAAUCAGUUACAGAAAACUCUUUACGGUCUAAACCAUAAAAGAGAUAAAACCGAAAAAACCUGCUGCGGUGACGAGGAAAAUAAAAUGAAAUUAAUUGAAGAUUCAUUAAAGGAUAUGCAAACUAAAAACUCCCAGAAAGAUGUAUCUGAGAAAGUUAACUCUUUAAGAGAAAAACUGGAGAAAUCAACUAAAGCCCUUUCACAUACGGAAAACAUGCUCGGCUUGGAGGCCAAAGAAAUUGAAAAACUGAAACAAGAAUGCAGAAAAGUAAGCCGAAUCCAGGCUACUAAAACUCUUAUCGAUGGCCUCAGUUCGAAUGUGAGUAAACUAGUUAAUAAACUUAGCGACUUGGAAUCAGAAAGAACCGUGGACAUAUCAAAACUCAACACACUGGUGGAUAGUUUAAAAAAUGAAAAUAACAAAUUUACAGGAAUAAAUACAAGAACUGCAACAAGCAAUACUGAGAAGCAUAAGCAAGAUAUUGCAAACUUAAAGAAGACAUUAAAAAAUGUCAACCUGAAAUAUAGCAACUUUCACGUUUAUCAUGAACUUUACCAGGUGGCUGUAAAACAAAUAUUUGAAAAAUAUCAAAAACAGCAUGAUGAUCUUAAGAAAUCCGUCAAAACAAGUGAGCCUUCUUUCCGCAGCAAAGUUGGCGAAACCCUAAAACCAGUUAUGAAUAAAUUGGAAGAGGACCUGGUGGACCUAAAAGAUACUGCCUUACCCCAGUUGGCCCAGGAUAUCAGAGACCGCAAAAAAGACACCGCUGGCAAAGUGGAGGAGAAGGAUCAACAAGAAAUAACUUGGUUCAAUGAAGAGGUUAAAAGGAAAAAGGACCAGAUUUUGCAGCGCCUCGACAGGUUGAAUCAAAAUAAAGACCCUGAAAAAGUGCGUCAACUGGAGGCACAUAUCUCGCAGCUCUCAGAUCGACUUGCGAGCCUGGCAAAGAAAGUAGCAGAUCGCCACGAAGUCGUAGGGCAAAAUGUAAAUGAAUUGAAUAAAAGGAUCGCAGCAGCAUCGUCGGCUGCUGCUUCAUGUCCCAACGACUGCGACUUGGGUGACUUGCCCACCAUGGACUCCAUAGCAAAUAGGGUCAAGGUUUUGGAACAACAAUUACAAAGUUAUUUAAAGAAAUUUGGAAAGAAUGAAGUUUAAAUUGAGAAACAAUUUAAAAUGUUCCUUAAACAAAAUAAGCUGAAAAAUUUUUGUAAAUUGUAAAUAUAAUUUUAUUAAGUUAUAUCCUUAUUCAAUUAACAUCAACAAAAUAAAAUAUAUCAAA